AUGGAGGCCAAUCAGGAGACUUCCCUCUUCUUGGUGAAGAUCUUGGAGGAACUGGACAGCAAGCAAAAUACCGUUUCCUAUCAGGACCUGUGCAAAUCACUGUGUGCCCGGUUUGAUCUGUCGCAACUUGCCAAACUGAGAAGCGUGCUCUUCUACACUGCUUGUCUCGAUCCCAAUUUUCCAGCCACAUUAUUCAAAGACAAGAUGAAAUGCACUGUGAAUAACCAGCAAUCCAAGAAAAUCAUGGUGGCAGCAGACAUCGUGACCAUAUUCAACCUGAUCCAAAUGAAUGGGGGCGCCGCUAAGGAAAAGCUGCCUACUGGUCGCCAAAAGGGUCGCAAGAAGGAGACGUCCUUUGAAUCAUGCAGGUCUGACACCGAGAUCUGCAACGCUGCCGAGUGUGAGCCCCUGAACUGUGAGCUGAGCGAGAGGCCCUUCAGCCGGGGCUACCCCACCCGGCAGUCAUCCAAGUGCCGCAAGAUGGAUUGCAAGGACUGCCCGCAGUUUGUCCCUGCCUCGGAGCCCAACUUCUURUUGGGUGUCAGCAAAGAGGUGAAAAACCGGGCUGCUUCCCUGGACAGGCUGCAGGCUCUGGCCCCAUACUCUGUGGCCAGCCCUCAGCCCUGUGAGAUGCAAAGGACCUACUUCCCCAUGAACCUUGAGAAUGAGUCCAUUUCAGACCAAGACUCCCUGCCCCUCAGUCAGAGCAUCAAGGAGACCUUCAUCUCCAAUGAGGAGCCCUUCGUGGUUCAGUCUUGUGUCCAGAAAAGGAACAUCUUCAAAGAGGAUUUUCACAAUCUCAUGACCGUGUCCCCUAGUUUGGUUGAUCCUACCAACAAAGCAGAGGCUGAGCAUGGGGAACACCCGAGUCGAAAGGAGUCCCACAAGCCACCCUUCUUUAAUCACAGCUUUGAGAUGCCCUACCACAGCCAGUACCUGAACCCAGUGUAUUCCCCCGUUCCUGACAAAAGGCGCGUAAAGCACGAAAGCCUAGAUGACCUUCAAGCGUCUACGUAUUUCGGACCCACUCCUGUGAUGGGAACCCAGGACACCAGGCGCUGUCCGGGGAGGCCCAGUAAGCAGACUCCGUGGCCAGCCAAAAGCUGGAGCUUAAAUACAGAGGAAGUUCCUGACUUUGAACGGUCCUUUUUCAAUAGAAAUCCCUCCGAGGAAAAGCUACGCUACCCGAAUCCCGGAAGCCAGACCCCCAAUUUUUCAGCCCCAGACAGGCGCCCCACUUACUUGGUGCCGAAGGAUCAGCAGCCGAUUCUCCCCAUUGGCUACGCGGUGAAACAGAAUGGGCUCAAAUCUAAAGAGAUCUCAUCCCCUGUUGACCUGGAGAAGCACGAAGCCAUCAAGAAGUUUAAAGACAAGAGUAUUAGCUGCACCAGCGGACAGCUCAGCUCAGACACCAGUAGCGUGGGCACCCAGACGGAGCAGCACGUCCUAGAACCCAAGAAAUGCAAAGACUUGUGCGCCUCUGGCCCGGGCAAGUACGGCGACCGGCACAUGAAGCACUCCGACGACGACUCUGAAAUCGUCAGUGACGAUAUCAGUGAUAUUUUCCGGUUCCUCGACGACAUGAGCAUCAGUGGUUCCACGGGGGUGAUACAGUCGUCCUGCUAUAACAGCACCGGGUCCUUGUCUCAGCUUCAUAAGUCGGACUGUGACAGUUCCCCAGAGCACAACCUCACCAAAAUUGCCAAUGGGGUCCCCAACAGCAAGGGAGACAAGGGCAACCGGCCCGAAAACAUCCACCACUCGGAAGAUGAGUUGAAGACCAGUGUGUGCAAACUGGUGCUCAGGAUCGGUGAAAUUGAACGGAAGCUGGAAUCAUUGUCGGGGGUCCGCGAGGAAAUCUCCCAGGUCCUGGGCAAACUAAAUAAACUGGAUCAGAAGAUGCAGCAGCCAGAGAAGGUGAACGUGCAGAUCGAUCUGAACUCCUUGACUAGCGAGGCCCCCUCGGAUGACAGCGCCUCUCCCCGGGUGUUCCGUGCACACAGUGGCUCCCAUGGACCCAAGUUGGAGAGCAACGCGGACUGGUGCUGCUCCGAUGCCAGCGGAAGCAACAGCGAAAGCCUGCGCGUCAAGGCCUUAAAAAAAAGCCUCUUCACCAGGCCAUCCUCCAGGUCCCUGACCGAGGAGAACAGCGCCACCGAGUCCAAGAUCGCCAGCAUCUCCAACUCGCCCAGAGACUGGCGUACCAUCACCUACACCAACCGCAUGGGCCUCAAUGAGGAGGAGAUAAAAGAGGCAGGCCCAGGAGAUAAUAAGGACUGGCAUCGGAAAUCUAAAGAGGCUGACAGGCAGUAUGACAUCCCCCCACAGCACCGACUGCCCAAGCAGCCCAAAGAUGGCUUCCUGGUGGAGCAGGUGUUCAGCCCACACCCCUACCCCACCUCACUCAAGGCCCACAUGAAGAGCAACCCCCUGUACACGGACAUGCGGCUGACCGAGCUGGCCGAGGUGAAGCGGGGCCAGCCUUCUUGGACCAUUGAGGAGUAUGCGCGGAACACAGGCGACAAGGGCAAGCUGACAGCCCUGGACCUGCAGACACAAGAAUCUUUAAACCCGAACAACUUAGAAUAUUGGAUGGAAGAUAUUUAUACUCCAGGCUACGAUUCGUUACUAAAACGGAAAGAAGCUGAAUUCAGACGUGCCAAGGUCUGCAAGAUCGCGGCUCUGAUCGCUGCUGCCGCGUGCACGGUCAUCCUUGUCAUUGUUGUGCCCAUCUGCACGAUGAAAUCAUGA